AUGGAAACUGCACACCCAGAAUAUUGGCACAACAGAGGAAUCCAGUUGUCAGAAAUGAUGGCAGAGGAGGCGUGGAAGGAGGAAGCAUUUGCACACCAAAGCACAGGGCACAUCCACACCGGGGAACGUCCCUACAUGUGUGGGGAAUGUGGGAAGAGCUUCAGGCAGAGGUCCAACCUCCACACCCACCAGGGCAUCCACAGUGGGGAACGGCCCUACACAUGUAGGGAAUGUGGGAAGAGCUUCAACCAGAGCUCCAACCUCCGCACCCACCAGGGCAUCCACACUGGAGAACGGCCCUACCCGUGUAUGGAAUGUGGGAAGAGCUUCAGGGACAGCUCCCACCUGAUCGAACACCAGCACAUCCACACCAGAGAACGGCACUACACCUGUAGGGAAUGUGGGAAGAGCUUCAGCCAGAGAUCCACCCUCCUCCAACACCGUGGUGUGCACACUGGGGAACGGCCCUACACGUGUUGGGAAUGUGGGAAGAGCUUCAGUUACAGCUCCACCCUCCACAUCCACCGACUCAUCCACACUGGGGAACGACCUUACAAGUGCUUGGAAUGUGGGAAGAGGUUCAGGACCAGCUCAGAUCUCCUCAGGCAUGAGCAGACACACACGGAUGAGAGGCCCUUCCGCUGGGAGAGGCCCUACAAGUGUGGGGAGUGUGGGAAGAGCUUCACCGAGAGCUCCAAGUUGACCAGACACCAAUGGACCCACCGGUAA